AUGAAGACCAUUCUUUCAACCAUCACCAUCACCCUGAUGGCCGCCGCCACCGCAUCGGCCGCCUUCAACGCCGCAGAGUUCCCUCCUCUUAACGCCGUCCCCCCAACCAACACCCCUCAGGUCCAGGAGUGGCUCAAGGCCAUCAACUUGGCUGAUGUGCCCGUCUUCCCCAUCCACACCGGCAACCCUCCCGCCUGCCCUGCUAUUGCCACCAUCCCUGCCGACCAGUGCUGGAGAUCUUGCCAGAGCUGCCGUGGUGACGAUAUUGUCACCUGCCCCACCCCCGGUGUCUGGGGUCUUACUUUCGACGAUGGUCCUACUACCUUCACUCCUCAGUUGUUGACUACCCUCAAGGAGAACAAGGUCAAGGCCACUUUCUUCGUCAUGGGCACCAACGUUGUCCAGAACCCCACCAUCCUGAAGCAGGAGUUUGACGAGGGCCAUCACCUUGCCUCCCACACCUGGUCUCACCACCCCCUCACCACCCUCACCAACGAGCAGAUCGUUGCCGAGUUGAAGUGGACCGAGAAGGCCGUCUUUGACAUCACAGGCAUGCAGAUGAAGUAUGUCCGUCCCCCAUAUGGUGAUAUUGACAACCGUGUCCGUGCCAUCGUCAAGAAGCUUGGCUACAUCAUUGUUGACUGGACGAGCGAUGUCUUCGACUCCAAGGACUUCAGCUUGAACGCCACCCCCACCGAGGCCAACUUGGCCGCUGCUGUCACCGCCUUCACCGCUUCCAUGACCGCCUACGGCGCCAACCCCGGCGCCAAGGGAAUCAUCACCCUCGAGCACGACCUCUACCAGGUCACCGUCGACUUCGCCAAGCGCCUCCUCCCCGUCGCUGCUUCGGCCAAGCUCAAGAUCCAGGCCAUUGACGACUGCUUGGGUGACAAGCUCCCCUACCAGAACUCCAAGGCUUCAGUUAACAACGGCACCACCGGCGGUAACGGAACCAGUACUGGCAAGCCUAGCGACAACAAGAGCAGCGCUGCCUCCUCUAUCGGCACCAAGGUCGUCAUGACCGUCUCCUUGGCCGUCAUCGCCGCCGCUCUUUCUGCCUUCUAA